UCCGGUGCCGCGGCCGCGGGCAGCAGCACACACCUCCCGUGCCGCUAGGGCCGGGCUGAUGCCGGCUGGCCGCCGGGAUGAAGCUGGGGGGACGCAGAAACGGGCCUGCCGCCAGCACAGGAAGGAGCUUCCGGACAGGGGUGGUCCUGGGCUCCGCGGCAGGCGGCCUGCUGCGGCCGGGGUGCGCAGCAGCAGGGGCAGAUCCGCUAUGUGGUCCCGGCCCGUGUCCCGCAACAAGCGCCCGGCAGACGGCAGCGCCCCCCCAUGCGCUUUGCCGAUGCUCACGGGUUCGCAUGAGUUUCGUCUCCAUUUAAAGGCCUCUGUGCUUUCAUUUGGGAAGAUACUAGAAUACUCCAAGAAAUCUCUGACCAUUUCAAGGGAGUGCUGUGUAUUUUUCGAAGAUGUUGGUAUCUACAGAGAGUCUUCAUGAGUUCUGAUGCUGGCAUCCGUGGAAGAAGAGUGGUGGGAAUGGGUUGGCUCUGGAUGGUCUGCUUCUUUCAUCUAGCCACCUCACUAGAAGAAAUACUUCUGGAUACAACUGGAGAGACCUCAGAGAUUGGCUGGACCACCCACCCAUCUGAUGGGUGGGAUGAGGUAAGUGUCCUGGAUGACAAGAAGCGCCUGAUCCGAACCUUUGAAGUCUGUAACGUGGCUGAACCAGGUCAGAAUAACUGGUUGCGUACUCACUUCAUAGAGCGACGCGGAGCCCACCGAGCCCAUGUCCGCCUCCGUUUCUCAGUGAGAGACUGUGCCAGCAUGCGCACCGUGGCCUCUUCUUGCAAGGAGACUUUCACACUCUACUACCACCAGUCAGAGGCUGACGUAGCCUCUCAGGAACUGCCAGAGUGGCAUGAGGGCCCCUGGACCAAAGUGGAUACUAUUGCAGCUGAUGAAAGCUUUUCCCAGGUAGACAGCACUGGGAAGGUGGUAAAGAUGAAUGUUAAAGUACGUAGUUUUGGGCCACUCACCAAGCGUGGCUUCUACCUGGCCUUCCAGGACUCGGGAGCCUGCAUGUCUCUGGUGGCAGUCCAAGUCUUCUUCUACAAGUGCCCAGCUGUGGUAAAAGGAUUUGCCUCCUUCCCUGAAACUUUUGCUGGAGGGGAGAGGACCUCGCUGGUGGAGACACCAGGGAUGUGUGUGCCAAAUGCUGAAGAAACAAGCACGACUGGGUUCUCAGGUGUUCGGCUACACUGCAAUGGAGAAGGAGAGUGGAUGGUGGCCAUUGGAAGAUGCACCUGCAAAGCUGGUUACCAGCCUGCUGAUGAUGAACGAGCCUGCCAAGCCUGUCCCCUUGGUUUCUUUAAAAUAUCUGUGGGAGAUGACCCCUGCCAUCCGUGCCCUCCGCACAGCCACACUCUGCUGCCAGGUUCCCGUGAGUGUGUGUGUCAGAACCGCUACUACCGAUCUGCCUCGGACAAUUCUGAUGCUCCUUGCACUGGCAUCCCCUCUGCUCCUCGCGACCUUAGCUAUGAAAUCGUGGGCUCCACCGUGCUCCUGACCUGGCGCCUCCCCAGGGACCUGGGUGGCCGCAAGGACGUUUUCUUCAACGUUGUCUGCAAGGUGUGCCCGGCCGGGUCCUCGGGGCCCUGCGUGCGCUGUGGGGACAGCGUGCAGUUCGAGCCACGCCAGGUGGGCCUGACAGAGAGUCGUGUGCAAGUCUCCAACCUCUUGGCCCGUGUGCAGUACACCUUUGAGAUCCAAGCUGUCAACUUGGUGACAGAGUUGAGUUCAGAAGCACCCCACUAUGCCACCAUCAACGUUAGCACCAGCCAGUCAGUCCCCUCUGCCGUCCCCAUGAUGCAUCAGGUGAGUCGCACUACCAACAGUAUCACGCUGUCAUGGCCUCAGCCAGACCAGCCCAAUGGGAUCAUCCUGGAUUACCAGCUGCGCUACUUUGACAAGGCAGAAGAUGAGGAUAAUUCAUUCACCUUGACUAGUGAAACCAACAUGGCCACCAUAUCAAACCUGAGCCCAGGCAAGAUCUAUGCCUUCCAAGUACGAGCUAGAACAGCAGUGGGCUAUGGCCCGUACAGUGGAAAGAUGUAUUUCCAGACCUUAAUGGGAGGGGAGCGCUCGGAGAUGGUACAAGACCGACUGCCACUUAUCGUGGGCUCAGCGCUUGGUGGUCUAGCCUUCUUGGUAAUUGCUGCCAUUGCCAUCCUUGCCAUCAUCUUCAAGAGUAAAAGGCGAGAGACUCCAUACACAGACCGCCUGCAGCAGUAUAUCGGUGCACGAGGACUUGGAGUGAAGUAUUACAUUGAUCCUUCAACCUAUGAAGAUCCCAAUGAAGCUAUUAGAGAAUUUGCCAAGGAAAUUGAUGUGUCCUUCAUCAAGAUUGAGGAGGUCAUUGGAUCAGGAGAGUUUGGAGAGGUGUGCUUUGGGCACCUAAAACACCCAGGGAAGCGAGAAUACACAGUAGCUAUUAAGACCCUGAAGUCAGGUUACACAGAUGAACAGCGGCGGGAGUUCCUGAGCGAGGCCAGCAUCAUGGGGCAAUUUGAGCAUCCCAAUGUCAUCCAUCUGGAGGGUGUGGUCACCAAGAGCCGGCCAGUCAUGAUUGUCACAGAGUUCAUGGAGAACGGAUCACUGGAUUCCUUCCUCAGGCAGAAGGAGGGACAGUUCAGUGUGUUACAGCUGGUGGGAAUGCUACGGGGGAUUGCAGCUGGCAUGCGCUACCUUUCAGACAUGAACUAUGUGCAUCGUGACCUGGCAGCACGUAACAUCCUAGUCAACGGUAACCUUGUAUGCAAGGUGUCAGACUUUGGUUUGUCCCGCUUUCUGGAGGAUGAUGCUUCAAAUCCCACCUACACUGGAGCUCUGGGCUGCAAAAUCCCUGUCCGCUGGACUGCCCCUGAAGCCGUCCAGUAUCGCAAGUUCACCUCCUCCAGUGACGUAUGGAGCUAUGGCAUUGUCAUGUGGGAAGUGAUGUCCUAUGGUGAGAGGCCUUACUGGGACAUGUCCAAUCAGGAUGUCAUUAAUGCCAUUGACCAGGACUAUCGCCUGCCACCACCCCCAGACUGCCCGACUGUUUUGCACCUGCUAAUGCUUGACUGCUGGCAGAAGGAACGGGUCCAGAGACCCAAAUUUGAGCAGAUAGUCAGUGCCCUUGAUAAAAUGAUCCGUAAGCCAUCUGCCCUUAAAGCCACUGGCACUGGGAGUAGCAGACCAUCUCAGCCUCUCCUGAGCAACUGUCCUCCAGAUUUCCCUUCACUCAGCAAUGCCCAUGAGUGGUUGGACGCUAUCAAGAUGGGCCGUUACAAGGAGAAUUUUGACCAGGCUGGUCUGAUUACAUUUGAUGUCAUAUCACGCAUGACUCUGGAAGAUAUCCAGCGUAUUGGCAUCACACUUGUUGGUCACCAGAAAAAGAUUCUGAACAGCAUCCAGCUCAUGCGAGUCCAUUUGAAUCAGCUUGAACCAGUUGAAGUGUGAUGUUUACACCAUCUUUAUUCCACUAGUCCCAAACUCUGGAAAGUUUCUGGGGGAAUUCAGAGGGAUUUUCACUGUAAGAAAAAGAGAUUUCAGUAUGCUACUUGAAGACUUUAUGCACCUUGAGAGUGCACACUACAUCUGUUCCAUGAACAAGCACGAAGCCUUGCCAUGAUUUGAAAGCAGAGCUAAAUAACUGAUGGCAUUUAAAUGUGGCUGAUGUCAUAUGUUGGGAAUGGGCUGUGGGAGGGAAGGUUCGAAUAGGAGGUGGAAUAAUAACUUGGACAGAUCACAAGCACCUGAUGCCUCUUCUCUGCCAAAAGAAGGCAUCAAACAACUUCACAAAGCCCUCAGCAGGCUUUAUUUGUGGCUGGGAGCCCAGCAAAGCUACAAAGACAUAAUAAAGGCAACAAAAAAAUUACCAUUUUUUUUUCCCGAAAGAAUGCCAUCAUGGUGUGAGAGAUUAUUGCUCAGAUGGAGAUGAGCAUCAGGCUAUCAAUUGGUAUGCCAGCUUGGUCUGGAACUCAAGUUCCAGUUAGUGCACAAUAUGUGAUAAGCAGGAAGACAUGCCACCUGGUGAAGAGGCUGAGAGUAAAGGGCUCAAAAAUUCUGUGUAUUUCAUGUGCAAUUCUUGGGUCUGCUCUGUGAUCCAGGAGGGAAACUUACUAAUCCUUUCUGUUGACACAAGGAACAGCAAGCCCUUGGUGCUAUGCAACUCUAUGGGACUGCAACAGAAUGGAAUGAUAAGGAUUCCUAGAAUCCAUCCUACUGGAUCUGCAAAUGGAGAGGUAAACAAAUAGGUUCUAGUCCUCACAAGCCCUUUCUUGAGAGGAAAGGCAUAAGUUGUGAUAUUCUGAAAUCCUGAGCACCCAGAAUUUGGGUUUUGUUCUCUUCUGACCCCCUUACAUACAUCGAAGAGUAUGACAAAAAAAUCUGAAGCCCCUUGCUUUUGAAAAAUACUUGCUCUUUUUCUCACCCUAGCCAGCUACAUCCGUGGGCACAGCUGGUCAAAUAUUGUUUCUGAAGAGAAUGCAGACCUGCAGUAGUCACCUCCAAAUAAACAAUUUUAACAAAGGAGGUGAAACUCUUUCACAAGCUCUUGUCAGGACUGAUCAGGCAGGGUACCAGUCCCACAAGCUGCUUCAGCCCUUACAAAAGGAGUAACAAUGUCCAUGGGAUCAACUGCAUUGUCUGGUAGAGGUGCAUGAGGAUGACCAGAAUGACAGAAUUUAUGUCUCACUUCAGACAGUCUCGUUCGUACCUGCUGAAGGAAAGAUUGCUCUGAGGCAGAGCAGUGCUUCAGGACUGUUAUCUAUCCCUAUGCACAAGUGUGAAAACAUGAAGCUGAGCUUGAGAGGAAAACUCAUAAACUAUAUACUUGUCUACCUCACCAACACAUAGGAAGGGAAGUGGAAACGGCAUUGUUCAGCAUCUCCUCAAUGAAGGCAUUACAUGAAAAGAGACCUGCUUUGUGUCUAGAGAGGAAAUAACCCGAGCUGUUCCAAUCUGUGCCCAUCUGUUGGCUCACUGUGAACUAGCCAUGAACUUACUGUUUUUCUCCAGCUGUCAAGGUUAGAAUAGCACAACUUCUGCAGAUACUACUCCUGUACGGAUUUAAGGAUCCUCCCCGUCAACCCAGCAACUGAAGACUGAGAAGCCACACUUAAUAGUUAAAGAGUCCCAUAAUAUGAUAGGUGCUCCAGAAUAGUUGCACUAGAAUAGCCAGCACUGUUCAGACUCUUUGUUACACCAUUAGAGCAAUAUCAUUGUUAAUUUUUUUAUUUGAAGGAGAAUAAAAGUGCUUUUUUUCAAGAUUAAAAAAAAAAAAAAAAGUGCCAGUGCAAAACCAAUACAAGGAACUGCUAAUAAAACAUUCAGAGCAGUACAAAGAGAGUGUGAAGAAUAAAAGCACACCACAUCAGACUAGUGUGAGUCCAGCUCCAGAAAAUUUGAGGGUAUUGCUUUUUGAAGGGUUUCUACAAACUUGUAAUACUCAAAAAUCCAGUUACAUGUGUACUCCACCUAACAGCAACUGAGCCUGAACAAGUGUCCUCUUCAGAAAGCAUGUUGAGGGGAAUCUGUGGUCUCUAGCACCUUUCAUAUGCAUUCACCAGAGGACAGCAACGCAUGUAUGUGUAGCUGUACAUGAGUGUAUUCUAGAAGUUGUGCAGGCCAUCUGGGGAAACAUAGCAAGCUGUUUUCUGUGCCUUGGGUGGUCAAAAUUAGUGGAGAAAUGACCUAUUUCAAAUCCCAUAGCCUCUUUUCAGGCUAGCGGAAACUUGCAUGCAGCAAAUACAUUCUCUGCCUUCAUGCAAUGGGAGACAAAAUGGGAGCCUUGUCUGAAUCUCACAAAAAUGACCAUGAUGUUUAAUAACUCCUUACAGGGAGCUGCAGUGAAGUGGACUGCUUGGUGGUAGUUCAGGCAGUAGGACAUUUGCUUUUGCAUGUGAAGUCUACAGCAAAGUUGUUUUUACAGUCAAAGGGAUUUACUCACUAUACCAAAGCAGGCAAGUAGUGACAGGACAUCAUAGAUCUCUUCUUCCUCCUGUUCUAAGGCAAGGUGAAAUGUCCCAAGGAUAAUGCCAAGGGGUCAAGUGUCAAGAUGUCCUGGCUAUGGCUAGAAUCUCACAAGGACAGGCUUGGGGUCACAGACAGGAGUGAAAAAGGAUACCUGUUUUCUCUAAGACAUGUCUCCAUUCUCUUUAUUGCUAGGGUGUUCCUUAUUUUCAGAGUACUUCUUCCCUAGUUUGGGAUGCAAAGGCUCUCAUGUUGCAAUGCAUUUUGUGUUAUUUGCCAUCACGUUGGCCCUCAAGUCUGCAAGCACGGAGGAAAGGCAGUCAUGGCAGAAGCAUUAGAAAUAUCCUGAUCUCACUUUUCUCAACCAUGUGAAAGCAGAAAUCCUACAUUCUGUUUCCAUAGAUGCCAUCUGGGAUGUCCUGCCAUAUAUGAGCACCCUCAACAGGUGGGGAUUAGAAUCGGGAAGGAAAGUAGGGCUCACCUAGACACCUGAUAUCUGUUCUUCACCAGAGGAGUGAGAAACAAUGCAAAAAACUUUUACAGAGCCAUAUUCUUUUCCAGAGAAGCAAUGGGAGAUUAACAAGUUAUUGCCCACAUGUACUCCUUAUGAUACUUAAAAUAUGCAGUGUGUAAGAAGACUGAGUAAAUGAAAUGCACAGGUAUCAAUGCGUAGCCCUUCAUGAGGGCAUUAGCCAUUUGUAUGAAAACUCAGAAGUCAUACCUACAGUUGGAAAGAAUCUAUUGCAAAGACUUCUGCUUGAACAUAGCUUUUCACUAUCUAGAAACAGGUAGAAACUCCACCUUAAGGCAAGUUGGUUAUGUAGUUAUUCCUGAUUAUGUUCCCUCCCCCUGCCUUUUUGGUGUCUGUUGCUGGACAGUCUCCAGACAGACAAUUGGGUCUGCACCGGUAAGUCAGCUAAUGUAUCGUGCUGCCAAAGAGCACGUCAGGCAAGCACUUUCCCACUUACGCUGCUUCAGCAGCCAAGUGGAAUUCUCAGUCAGGAGCUACAUACGUGUCUGUGCACCCCCUGCCUCACUAAGCCAUGGCAUGUUUAUGUCAAAAGCAGACCCUGCUCACCCUAGGUGCAAAGACAAGCACAUAAGCUAAGACAUUUGCAUCCAUGCCUAAAAUGAUGUUGAGGCAAGGCUGAAAGACUUACACAGUGAUUUCUGUUUGGCACCCAAGUAUCCUCAGUGGAUGUGCCGAUGAUAUGUAUUGCAGUCCUUAUUUUUGGGAGGUUUUGUUUUGGGUUUUUUUUGUUUUGUUUUGGGUUUUGUUUGUUUGUUUUUUUAAAAUUCAAGGAUGUAAUAUCAGUGAGUACUUUGACAACAUUAUAUUAGGGGUAGUUGAGGGAGUACAAGCUGCUUAAUGCUACUAAAGGAGAGCUGAAAGAGUCAGUCUGUUUAGUACAAAGGUAUUCAGUACCUGGGACUAUCUAGAAAGAAAGAAGCUGCUGUAGCUUCCUUAGUCCCAGACAAUUCACCUGUUGUGAAUAAAACCUCUGGGUGCGGUGGGAAAUGAUGAGCAACACCAAGGAACUUACCUUUAAUAAGCAAAUAUGGUAGAGCUGCCCCCAUCACUGGGUCUUUGGUCAGGGAUUCCAGCCAACAAAUCUGCUGUGGGACUAGUCUGAGCAGAGUUAACCAGCCUGAAUCCAUCCUGCCUUUGGCAUACUUUCUCAGCAGUCAACUACACAGUCAUUAUGCAUCCAAGAUGCAGCUAAGCAGUAAGUUUGAGUUCAGGACAAAACCAAUUCUUUCUCUUCCCUGAAACCAGGUAAUGCUAGAGGGGACAAUGCAGUGAGCUGUUCACAUGUUCCAUGCGAGCAACUAUUCAUUAGUAUUGAGCAUCCUAAGGACUGUAGAUCACACGUAAUUUUGAAUGUCUGGAUAUCAUUAAAAGACAGCAUGGAAAAGCAAAACUCAUGUCCUGCUCAAAAGCUAGUCUAAUCUUUCCCUUUUCAAAUCUAUAUAGAAAAAAUGGCACCUCUCUCAGAACUUACAUUUUGUUGUAGCAUUCGAGAUAGUCAUGCUCUGUGCAUGAAACUGUUCCACUCCUGUGUUACUGAAAGGGCUACACUGAGCUCAUGAGAGAUCAAUGUCCUCUAGAGCUUGUCCUUUUGUAACUGACCUGAUCAAAGAGGAGUUACUCCCCCUGGGUUCUGCUACCGGAAACACCGAAGAGAAGGCUUAACUGCCCUCAAAGAGCCUUGUGGCUUAUAUAUUUUAUCUCUAUUUUCUGAGUGAUAAGAAAACUCUUUUCCUGAAAUAGUCUCAGUUGAAACAUGCAGAUUCAUUACAACAUACCAAGAUUUCUUUCUAUUUUCUUCCAUGACCUUUGUUUGCUUGAAUGAACAGAGAUAUGUGGUCUUUUUAGUCAACUGCUGUAAGAGCAAGUCACAAGAAUGAGAACAGUGGGUUGGCAUCUUGGCACCUAUGCCUCAACUAGUAGAGUUCGGUCUGUUAUUUAUGUCUCUUUUAUGAGACCAAGCGUGCUUAGCCAACAUUGAUAAAGCUGUUUGCUUCUGAAAACUAAUCCCUUAAAUUCAGGCCAUGUUAAGUAAGGUUGGAUUUGUUCUACUUUACAGUGGCACUAGAAAUUAUACACACUGCUGGCAAAAAACUAGAAUUUAUGUUACAUCUAUGCAACUCUCUCAUUGCAUUUUGGUAACAGGUAUACAAACCUAGUACUGUCCAUGCAUUUGGACAGCUGUAAUAGAUUGAUCAUUUAUAAACAAUUCUGUUGCUGAGGACAAACUCUAGUCCUCUUUGAACCAUAUUGACUCUGCAACGGAACAGGAGAAUAGAAGUAAGAUAACCAGCUAUUUCACAAACACAAAUGAGAAGGUACUAUCUGAAAUAAGUUUUUAAAAAUAGAUCUGUUAGUGUUGCUGUGUUAAAAAGGACAGUAAUUAUAGUGUACCCUAAUAUUUCCCUGUAUAAAUUGUAAAACUUGCUAUUUUAACCUGUCAUCUCUGCAGAUCUAUAACAAGAGUGAGCUAACCACAACAAUAGUUACAAUGAUAAUAAUAAACAAAUGUGGGUUUCCUCAAUGUAGAGAACUACAGUAAGAAUAUAGUAGCAGUCCAACAGCUGGGUUGCCUGCAGUUUGCACUGAGAAGCAAUGGACUCCUUUGACAGGUGAAGUAUUGCAAACUGAAAGAUCAGUUUAUCAAAUAUAUAAUUAGGAAACUAAAUGUCAGCUUAGGGACAUACUUGGGAUCAUGUGACAACUGCUUAACUGCAUGCACAUAUAACUUCACGAGGAUGUAAUAUUGUUUGGACUGCUAGACUGGUUUUACUCAAAUUUAGGAUGCUAUUUUAGACCUCUUUAGGAAAUAGUACUAAGUUAUUAAGCUAACACUGAGGAUCUUAUAUUGAGUACCUUCAUGCAAAUAUGUAUCAUAAAAUCAAUGACGUGUUGCUGAGACUUCUCUUCCCCAGCCACUGUCAGAGUGCAGCACAACUGGCAAGCUGGACUCUUAACUUCAGCUUUCAGUAACACAGAUCUAGGUGUGGUCCCUUUCCUUUUGGCUGUGAGAUGAUGCCUUCCCUUCAGAAAGGAAUAUGCUAUGCUUUUAGAGUGAGAGCAAUAAUAUCUGUCCUUAAUCUUUCUUUGACAAGGUCAAAAGACACUUAGGUAGGACAUAGGAAUUGUUUAAAGGAUUGCAGUUCAGGAGCGGGAGUGAAUGGAAAAGAGCUGGGUGAUACUCAAGAUGAAGCGUGAAGAAACAUUUUCUAGCUGUGACAGUUUAUGGGGCGGUGACUAUGCUGAGACAUUUACUUAGGACCCCAUAAGCUGCAUUCCUUACUUCAUGACAUAUGUUCCUUGCUUUGUGAUGAACCGUAGAUAAAAAAUUUCUACCUGGGGUAUGGGAGCAGGACCUAACAUAAUGUAACAAAGCUUUUAAAGCUCUGCUUUUUUCCUGGUUCUUGUCCAGACUUGGAUUUCAGAACUCCACAUCAGAUCCCAACAAUCCCAUCCUGCAUUAUGUGGUUUGUUUCACUGGGUCUGACUUCUUACAAGAGGGCAGUCCUUCCUGAUAGGUUCAUACAUGUGAAUUUACUGUUUAGUUGUCUACUCUUAGCAGAAUUUACCUGAGAUAACAUCUGUCCCUAGACUGUAUUUCUGGCCACGGGUUUCAGAGUGAGGAUGGAGGCAUCAUGGAAGCUUCCUCUCCAGCAUGGCAGUAAUAGAAACAACCUGCAGUGAAUAAAUCAAUAAAUAUUUGUGGGCACUGAGGGAUGCAGGAAAAGAGGAAAUAGUUCUAAUAGUUACCAUGAGACCAGUGUAGCAAAGAUAAAAUCCACACUUCUAGAACAUUUACAUGUACUUCUUGUUUAGCCCUACCUUUGCUUGUAAGAAUUUGGUUCUUCCCACCAUAAGAAAAUCCACAGGUCUUCUCAACUGAACAUGCCUCACUUGUUUGUGGGAUCCCAGCUCUGUCCCCUCCAGGACUGGCAAGCAGUCUUCCCCUUCCAGCACACGCUUCAUAAUUCAUGACAAGGAGUUACAUAGCUGAACAGUUUUCUCAUGUGUGCUCUCCAAAGCUCAUCUUGCUCAUGAGCCACUCUCCAGUGGGUGCCACCCAUCAUGGCAAUGAGCAAGUUGAGCAUAAGGAGCCACAACAGCAAAGGCUGAAUAAGUGAUGCCAUACAUGAAAAGUAGGUCCAAAUUCAUGAUUGGCAGAUCCAUCAACGAUGGUGAGGAAGAGCUCAAAGGUGCUGUAAGUGCCAUGGGCUAGUUGUGGAAGUGCCCCAGUUUGUUGGGAUCCUGGGUCUGGAAGAUGCUGUGUUUAUCUGGAAGGUGAAGUUGUGCUGGUGAGACACAUCACCAUGGUUACCAGAAUCAUGCAAUCAUAUGUGAUGCUGCAAAGGAAGAAGAGGCAAAAAUAUGGAGUUAGAAUCACACCUUCUCCCACAUUCCUGCCCCAUCAGGUACCCUCCAUUUGUUGAUGUUCCUUGACACCAUCCUCUCUCCGUCUAUAAAAUGAAAAUGUUACAUAGAUUCGAGAAACAAAAAUCAUGCUCAAAUGUGAAAGAGUUGGACCUUACCUUGUGAUGUGGAAAGGUCCUCCCAAGGUGGUUUGUCCAAAGUAUGUGGUUGCUCUGACUCUGAAGGUAUCAGGAAUCUAAAAGAUAUACACUCUUUGCAUUUGUAUUCAGCCAAAUUGCAAACCGAGUAAAUAUAAUAAAUGUAAACCAUUCUCACUUCCAAGAUCAAUAUCACUAUAGCCCCUGUCACAGUGAUCUGUUCCCCCACCAGGCAGAGGUUAUCCUUUGGAGUCCCAUAAGAUUCCUGAAAGAGAUCUCACUAUGCUAGAAACUGAUAAAGGUAUGACAGUAAGGCUCCAUUUAAGCAGACCUGGUGAUUAAGCACACAAACCAACCCUCCCCAUGGUAUAGCUUCUGCCAUAAUUCUCAGCGUCGUGAAACUCUGCAGCCUAGAGAAAUGAGCAUGACUUAGUCUAAGGAAAACUGAUUUGAGUCUCAACUGCUAACAAGAGGUGGCUACCUAGUCAUCUCACAGUAAGCUUCACAGUUUUAGACAACCUAGUAGAGGAGGAUUUUCAGAGUUUCUGGGUGGCGUUUGAAUUGCCAAAGAGUUCACCUGGAAUUGUGAUACCUAUACCACAGAUUAUGGCCAUGGAUAUUUCAUAUUGUCCAUUGAACUGGGGCACUAAGGACUCGCAAGGAGUUUUCAAAGUGCCAGCUUCUUCUCUUCCAUGAUUCUGUAUCCUCAUUCAUAAAAUGGAAAUAAAUCAUCAGUUUCUGAAAGGUAUUGAUAAGCAGGGCUCUCCUUUAGCGCCUUUACAUACUUUCUGCACACAAGAGUGGGAAGGGAAUGAGGGAACAGGUUUUGAAUAAAAAAGGCAGACUAACACAGAAUCACAUCAUAGCCAAAUGUUUAACUCGUGGGUACCUGUCCCCUAUCUUGACCACAUAACGUAGCCUAAAUGUUCCCAGAACUGGAAGUAGCCAGCUUUAGAAUGCCUUACAGGUUUGGAAAGUGUCAUAGGAUUUAAAGUGUGCUUCUCAGGAGGUCCUGUGUGAAACAGCAAGAUAACAACCCUCAUCUCCUAAACUCUUGGGUAGUCCCUGCUCAGCUUCAGUGAAAGAAAGCAAUUUUUAGCACCCUGCACCCCCUCAGUGCACUAUGAACACAUCCACUUUAAAAGCUAAGGAGAGCAGCUGCCAGGUAGAGGCCUUCAAUAUGCAAGUAAAAUGAUCAAAAGGGUAGUUUGCUGCUGACCUGAAGUGAAUGGGAGAGGUUAUUGGUACGAGAGCCUUUUUCCUUUCUGAUUUAGGACUAGUUAGUUUGGAACUGAGUAUUUCUCUGUCUAGGUAGCUCUAGGAUCGCCACCUCUCCAGAGCAGUUGCUUUCUCACUGUUUUUUUGGUCUGUAUUGUUUAUAUCUUUAAAAUUCCAGCCUUCAGCACAUUUUUUUGUAUGCGUACCCUACAGUGUUUUGCUUUGUCAUAGGGGACAGACUUCGCUGAACUGAAACUAAUAUCGGGGUGUUUCUUUCACAAAGAACAUCAACAGAACUUAAACUUCUGGAAACCAAAGAGAUUAGCUGUCCACGAUUCACUUACAGAUCAUCUUCAGAAACCUUGACAUGGACCAUGUUCUUAUGGAAGAGCCAUAUACUAUGUAUGAUUCAUGACCAUCCCUCUUCACUGCUUUUCACUUGACUGAACCUCAUACUUCAGCACUCUUAAAGUGAAGUGACAGCAGUCAGAAGCAGGGAUAUGCUCUUUGAUAACAUAUCAUUUAAGGAAAACUAAAGAGGUAAUUGAAGUUCUUUCCCAAGGAACUUUGUGCUCUGAUAUCAGCUCUGUUUUCCAUGAGCAAACAUACACUUUCCUUACUCUGAGCACAGGUAGCAAAAGCUAAAAUAUGUUUUCCUGAAAAAGAAAUGCAGGAAAUAACACAAAGUUAAACAAAACUAAUUACAAAGUCAGAAAAACUCUGUGUCAAAAAAUGUCGUCAUUUAUACACCACCAUUUAAUUUGAAAUCCCCACAACAGCAUUCCAAAAUGAUUUGCUGAAGGUGCAAACAGCAAAGGAAUCCAGAGGUUUUGCCAGAGAAAGAGAGAAAAGGAUUUUGACAAGAGCCAAGUCAUAGCAAAGAGUAAGGGCAGAGCAAAUGACAGCUGUAUGCUCUUCAAGGAGCGGGUAGAGGGAGUAAGGUGACCUUCCAGGCUUGGCAGGAAGAACAUAAGCCACAAACAACAAGCAAAUCCAUGAAGAAUUUGAAACUAAGAAACUGCUUUGGACCUACAGCCUCAAAACGACUGAAGAUGCAGCAUGCCUGUCAGGAGCAGGGCUAGCCAGGUUCUGGGAGCUCCAGCGCCAUGCCAGCCUCAAAGUGAAGAACUGUUCCUUGCUGUUCAGACGGAACCUUCUGUGGUUUAGCUUGUGCUGAUUGCUUCUUGUUCUGUCAUUGGGCACUGCUGAAAAAAACCUGUCUCUGCCUUAUUUAAACCUUCCCUUCAGAGUUUUGUCCAUGUCGGGCAGUCCCAGCUCUCAGCCUCACCUCACAGGAGAGAAGCUCCAGUCCCUGAAUGGUGCUGGUGGCCUUUUGUCAGGUCCUGUGUGGCAGCUCCACCUCCCCCUUGUGCUGGGAAGCCCAGGACUGGGCAUAGGACUCCAGGUGUGGCCUCACCAGAGCGGAGCAGAAGGGAAGGACCCCCUCUCCCUCCAUCAGCUGGCAACGUUCCUCCUAAUGCAGCCCAGGAUCCCAUUUGCCUUCUUUGUGGCAAGGGCACCCCACUGGCUCACAUUCAGCUUGGUGUUCAUCAGGACCCCCAGGUCCUUUUCUGCAAAGCCACACAACCAGAGGCAUGAUUGAAAACAGGGGAUUUUGCAGGCUUUUGUUUUGGUGCAGGAGCAAAAGAUGCAAUUCCACCUUGAUUUUAGGGGAUGGAGAGAAAGACCCAUUCAUGUAAUGAAACAUGAGCAGAAGUAUAACAAAGAAAAGACUUCAAUAUUUGCAAACAUCAGAAAGGAAAAACAAGAAGGGAAAGGAAUAGUUUAUAUUCCUCUUAACUCCUGUUUAUAAUCUUAGCUGCUACUUAUAUUCUCUAUUAAGAAGGCAAAACAGAACCUGCAUGGAUGGACCUGCUUAGCAUUCAUGUAGGAGAACUUCAUCUUGCACAGAUGCUGAGGUUUAACCCCAGCCAGUAACUAAGCACCAGGCAACCUCUCACUUACUCCCCCCCCACAGAGGGAUGGGGAGGAGAAUCAGGAAGGAAUGUAAAACUGGAGGGUUGAGAUAAGAACAAUUUAAUGAUUGAAGUAUUAUAACAACAACAAUAAUAAUACUUAUUAUUACUAUUACAAUUAUAAUUGAAAGGAGGGAGAAGGGGAGAGGAACAAAAUCCAAAGGGAAGAGAGAAAAGAAAACAAGUGAUGCACAAUACAGUUGCUGUCUGCCCACUGAGCGAUGCCGAGCUGGUCCCCAGGCAGUGACCGACAGGCCCCAGCCAACCCCUGCAAGUUCUUAUACUGAACAUAACUUUCUAUGGUGUGGACCAGUUGGGGUCAGCCCUGGCUGUGCGCCCCCCAGCUUCUUGUGCCCCCAGCCUGCUGGCUGUCAGGGCCUGAGGAGCUGAGAAGUCCUUGCGUUAGUAUUAACACUACUGAGCAACAGCUGCAAACAUCUGUUAUCCACAGUAUUCUCACCCCAAACCCCAAACACAGCACUGCACCAGCUACUUAGAAGAAAAUUAACUCUAUCCCAGCCAAAACAAGGACAACAGAGGAGCAGUACAAGGCCUACGUCCCACUUCAAUAUAUUUUAUAGAGUGAGUAGGAUGCAAAGGAGUUAAUCAACUUCAUAACAUCUCUACACAGAUUAUUUUUUCCCUUGUAAAAGUAGUUAACUUAAAAUGCCUUUGUUUCAAUGUAAUGUCACUAUUUUAAGCGACCCUCUUUUGGAAGCUUUCAGGCUUUUUCAAACUGGAAUUAGGCAACUGCCCAGUAGCAGUUUUAGAAGAUAAUAUUGAAAACUCAAUGGGAAGGAAAGAUCUAUAAUGCUAGUUUCAGCAGGAGUAUAUUUUCGUGUUAUUGAGAAAGAGAUGGAAGUAGAAGUGUAAUACACACAUAUGUACAUGCAUAUAUAAACAUAAUGUACAUAUAUGUGCACAUCACAGGUGUGUGUAUAGAUAUACACACACACAGAUGUCUGACUGAAACAGAAUUGAAGGAUCGGUAUAAAAAAUAAUAGUAAAUUUCUCUCCUAGACUUAUUUGCUUACAUGCGUAGGUUGUGGCAUUGACAAUUGCUAAAUACACUGGCCAGAUAAUUGUCUAACAUAAAUCAACUAAUGGCAUUUCUUGUACUACUCCAGGUUUAAUCAAAUGACAAUUCACCCCAGUAGCAUCUUAAGGGAAACCCCCACCUUUCUAGAGAGAAGAAAUAUGACAAGGUUACAGAAUCUGGAGAAAUGAAAACAGAAAUUAAAUAUGGAAAUAAAAACAGUUCUGGUUUUACAUUCUUUUGCAUCUGUCCUG